GCUCCCCAGCCGUCCUCUCCAUGCAGGGGGGAGCGGGGAUGCCAGGAAGACGGCGGGGAUCCGGGGAUCCCGUCCCGUGCCCGGGGAAGAGCCCCUAGUGGGGGGAGCGGAGGGUCGGCCUUGCGGAGGCCCAGCAGGAGAGGAGAGAAGCCGGGCGAGGAGGAGGCAGAAUUCGCACCCGGCUCCCCGAGAGCCCGGUCCUGUCUCCGGAAGGGGAGAGAAGCGGGAGGCCUCUCCAGCUGCCUUCUUCCCGGCCCUGCUCGGAGGGGAAGUGGACACUGCGUUGGGAUAAGCCGCUUGGGGCUCAGGGCAGGUUGGGUGAAGGUUGCUCAGUGGCUGAAUUCCACUUUCUGAUUCUUGGCGUUGCUUUUUCUUUCCAUCCCAGGUACAGAAACUCGAAGCCAUUUGAAAAUCUUUGCAAGCCAGAAUUUUCUCUUAAGCAAAAAAAUAAGAAAAAAAAAGAGGAAAUAACCUGCAGGGAUCAAUCAGUCCUGAUCACUGCAAGUCCUGCAAAAUAGGCACUAGAAAUUGUCCUUCGAAGGAAAAGGCAUCUGAGAUCCACAAGAGUCCUUGGACCCAUUUGGAGCUGCUCUGCAGAAAAGAGGAAGGAUGGAGACACAACCUUUUGCAAAGGAGGGAAAUGGAAAAUGCUCUUCAAUUGUUCAGCUUGGGAAGGGUGGGGAGAUCUGGACAAGGCCUGGGCAGAAGAUCCUGGAGGAGGAAACCAUCCUCCCUUCAGAAGUCCAGCCUUGCAACUUCAGGAGCCUCCAAUACCUGGAGGCUGAGGGUCCCCGAGGACUUUGCAGCCGGCUCCAUGACUUGUGCAGGCAAUGGCUGAGACCAGAAAAGCACACCAAAGCUCAGAUGUUGGACCUGGUGGUUCUGGAGCAGUUCCUGGCUCUUCUGCCCCCAGAGAUGGAGGGCUGGGUGCGGGAGUGUGGAGCAGAGACCAGCUCCCAGGUGGUGGCCCUAGCGGAAGGCUUCCUCCUGAGCCAGGCAGAGGAGCAGAAGGAGCAGGUCCACUUGCAGUGCUGCAGUGUGGAGAUCGGAGAUCCUGAGGGAAAGAAGAACCCAUCAAAUCCCCCUCAGGAGCUAUUUUUCAGGAGGAUCCCUUGGGAAGAUCUAAGUUGGGACACCUCAGGAGAGAAACAAAGAAUGGAGUUUUCUGGUUCUUAUGACAGAGAUCAAGCAGCGGUUGAACCUCCAAAUCAAGUAAGAAAGGGAAAAGAUUAGAUUUGCAUUCUCCCUUCAGGAAGUGAAGUGGGUGUGCUGAGUGCUCUCUCCUUCUAUUUCCCCCCUAGUUUGGACUGGAUUAUUUUUGUGUUCUUCCAUAAUACGAACAUCACAAUAGCAGGUUCAAGUUGCUGUGAGCCAGCAUAGCUUCCUCUGGUUAUCUAUUUCUGCUAGGUACUCCUCCAACUUUCCGUUUAAAAGAAGCAUUUCUUUUGAAGUCCUUCAAGAAUUAGGAAUAAACAUAUCACAAUAGCAGGAACUGUUAGACUCCCUGUUCUUUUUGUAAUUUAUUGACCUCAUAAGGUACAGAUUAACAGAGUUUUGAAGGGACCUUGUAGGUCAUCUACUCUAACCCCACUACACCAUUUCUGACAGUUCGCAAUCUA